CUGAGAGAGAUCAUCAGGAGUCCAAGAUGGGAGGCUGCGCUGAAUUCAUCAUUUUCUGUUACCUCCUCAUUGCGGUACAUCACGUGACCUCAGCCAACGAGAAGGAGCCUCGUAAAGUGGGAUUGCUGAUACCUGAGAAAUUAAUAGGAGGCGUUAUUGAUAUUGUGCAAAGUCACAAGCAAAAACCAUCAACCACUGGACUGCCCAACCAGCAAACGUAUCCGAAUCAGCAGACCUAUGCCCCACAGCAGGGCUACCAACCUCAAUACGCUAAUCAGUGGAGCCAACAAAGCAAUUAUCAGAACCAGUACCAAAAUCAAUAUGGAAACUAUCAACCCGGGAAUGGCAAUUACCAACCUGGGAAUGGCAAUUAUCAACCUGGAAAUGGCAAUUACCAAUCCGGGAAUGGCAAUUAUCAACCUGGAAAUGGCAAUUACCAAUCCGGGAAUGGCAAUUAUCAACCAUCGCCUGGCAAUUACGUUCCAAACAAUUACCCCGUUCCAAUACAGGGUAAUUAUGGUAGUUCAGUCAGUCAGUCACAAAGUCAAUCUCAAAACCAGUACGUGACAUAUCCACAGAAUAAUGGCAAUUAUGUACAGAAUCAAAAUCAAAAUCAAGGUUAUUAUAUACCGAGUUCCGGGCAUAAUCAGAAUCAGCAAGUCGUCGGGCAAAAUCAGCAAGUCGUCUGGCAAAAUCAGCAAGUCGCCGGGCUAAACCAGCAAGUCGCCGGGCAAAACCAGCAAGUCGCCGGACAAAAUCAGAAUCAGUCAAGUACCCAAUUCCAAGGUCAAACACAAGUGAUCAACCAGGAAACUCCAGGUUCCGGCGGUAUUCAAAGUGGAGGUCUUCAGGUGUCUGGUGGGCAUCAGUCUGGUGGACCAGGCCCUACUUGUAUAUGCCAGGCGUGGACUAAACCUCAUGCUAGUCCUAUCAACGAGCAGGGACUGAUAAAACCUGAAGAUAAAAAGGAUUGAAAUUACUAUAGUUUAAUAGAAGAAUUAAUAUUUAUUUAAUAAAAUAGAAGUACUAAAUGUCUAUAUUGAUAUUAUGGAAGUUGCUAUAAAAAAAGAAAUAACAUUUUUGAAAUAAAAGUAGCCUAAGUUACUCCUUACAACGUUAGCCAUCUGCGAGUGAAAGUCCUAUAAAUCAUUAAUUCUCAUAAAAUCUAUCCAGCCGUUUUAUAGAUUUGCAAGAACAGACAGAUAAUAUUUUUUUUAUUAAUUUUAACGUUAAAUAAUAUUAACGCAUACACUU